AUGUGUGUGUUUGCCAUCUACUCUGCUUUGCCAUCUCCUGCUCUGGCUUGCCUUGCUCCGCUCUGCGGUCUGACCGAGGGCGAUAUGGACAAACUGGAUUUCAGCGUCGGCAUCAAGGUGCGAAUCAGGGACAUCCAGGCAGCCAUGCGUCAACCUCUUCCAGGCUCUCCCAACCCUUCCACACCGGAUCAUAACACCGCUACCGGCCCCAGCAACACCGCCAUCGUCACUAGCAACACCGCUAUCGUCACUAGCAACGAUGGCAGCAGCGCAGUCCAACCUCCAAGCGAACCGAAUCUUGUUCGAUCUGCUCCGCCCUUGGACCCCGCCACCCAGUCUGGCAGUCCUUCUCCUCCAGCUGCUCAAUCCAGCUCCACUCCUCCGACCGCUCAAUCCGGCCCCGCUCCCCCGGUCGCUCAAUCCGGCGAGUCUGCCCCAGAGCAUAACGUCGUGCAGGCCUACAUACCGCUCAAUAUCGUUAGCAACUGGCAAUGUAUGUUCGCCCUGCGCUAUCAUUCGGACGAUUCUCCGGCGAGCCAACGGCUCCUCAUAAGGGAAUAG